AAAAAUAAAAAGAUCGACAAUGAUUGAACUCUCCAAUCUUUGUACUUCCAAGACAAUGGAAGAGAAAAUUGGCUCGGAAAAGAUGGACGCUGUGGGCGCCAUGUCUGAGCUGCAAAUGAGCUUGAUAAACAAGGAUAAGAUAGUAGAGGAGAUCGUAAAGAUGGAGAGGAAAAUCUUCCCCAAACAUGAAUCCCUGGCCAGGUCCUUCGACAGUGAGCUGAGAAAGAAGAAUGGCGGAUUGAUCUACACGGAAGUUGAUGGAAAAGUUGCAGGCUAUGUCAUGUACUCCUGGACUUCUUCACUUUCUGCUUCCAUCACAAAACUUGCAGUGAAAGAGGAUUACAGAAGACAAGGCUACGGGGAGUCACUGUUGAGGGCAGCAAUUCAGAAAUGCAGAACCAGAAACGUGCAUCGAAUUUCGCUUCAUGUAGAUCCGACGAGGACUGCUGCCAUGAAUUUAUACAAGAAGCUUGGUUUCAGAGUUGAUGCUUUGGUUAAAAGCUACUAUUCUUCUGAUCGAGAUGCUUAUAGGAUGUACUUGGACUUUAAUCACAUUUAAUCUCUCUACUCACCAUUUUCGCACCA